AGCCGGGGCCUGCGGACCCUGAGCUUUUUCCUCAGCAGCCCGGCCGGAUUCCUACAGGUGACUGUACCCAGCGGCCGCUGCUGCCAGAUCUGGGCGACCGGCGUCGCUCUCCGGGUCCCUCCUGCCGGCCCAGGCUGGACGCGCGCGGGGAGGAGUGUAACUGUUACAGCUGUACCAUAUGCUUUGAGGUGAUGAGGAGGUUUUUGUUACUCUAUGCUACACAACGAGGACAGGCAAAGGCCAUAGCAGAAGAAAUAAGUGAAAAAGCAGUUACGUAUGGUUUUUCUGCAGAUCUCUACUGUAUUAGUGAGUCGGAUAAGUAUGAUCUGAAAACUGAAACAGCACCUCUUGUGAUGGUGGUUUCUACCACGGGCAACGGAGACCCGCCUGACACAGCCCGCAAGUUUGUUAAAGCCAUACAGGACAAGACGCUGCCACCUGACUUCCUGGCUCACCUGCGAUAUGGAUUACUAGGUCUGGGUGAUUCAGAAUACACGUACUUCUGUAACGGGGGGAAGGUAAUUGAUAAACGACUUCAGGAGCUUGGAGCCCAGCGUUUCUACAACACUGGCCACGCGGAUGACUGUGUAGGUUUAGAACUUGUGGUUGAGCCAUGGAUUAACGGACUCUGGGCCGCCCUCGAGAAGCAUUUUCUGUUGAACAGAGGAAGAGAGGAUACAAGUGAAACUCUCACCAUGGCAUCUCAUGCUUCCCAGAGGACAGAUCCCUUGACACCAGAAUUAUUACAUGUGGAAUCACAAGUUGGACUUCUGAGAUUAGAUGAUUCUGGAGGAAAGGCUGCUGAAGUUUUGGAACAAAAUGCAGUGAACAGCAGUCAAUCAAGUACUUUGAUUGCAGACUUUGAGGCCUCGCUUACCUGUUCAGUACCCCCACUUUCACAAGCCUCUCUGAAUAUUCCUGCCUUACCACAGGAAUAUUUAGAGGUGCAUCUGGAGGAGGCCUUUGGCCAGGAGGAAAGCCACGCAUCUGUGAGUUCGGUGGAUCCAGUGUUUCGCGUUCCAAUUUCAAAGGCAGUUCAACUGACUACGAAUGAUGCCAUAAAAACCACUCUUCUGAUAGAACUGGACAUUUCGAAAACGGAUUUUUCUUAUCAGCCUGGAGAUGCCUUCAAUGUGAUCUGUCCCAACAGCGACUCUGAAGUACAGUUCCUGCUGCAGAGACUGCAGCUCGAAGACAGGAGAGAGCACCGUGUCGCCGUGACGAUUAAGGCAGACACGAGGAAGAAAGGCGCAGCCUUGCCCGAGCACAUACCUGAGAGGUGUUCUCUCCACUUCCUUCUCACCUGGUGCCUCGAAAUACGAGCCGUUCCCAAGAAGGCGUUCCUGCGAGCCCUCGCGGACCACACUGGCGACGGCGCCGAGAGGCGGCGGCUGCUGGAGCUGUGCAGCCGGCAGGGGGCGGCCGACUACGCCCGCUUCGUCAGGGACGCCUGCGCCUGCCUGUCCGACCUGCUGCGGGCCUUCCCGUCCUGCCAGCCUCCACUCGGCCUCCUGCUCGAACAUCUUCCCAAGCUCCAACCCAGACCGUACUCGUGUGCAAGCUCAAGUCUAUUUCACCCAGGGAAGCUUCAUUUCAUUUUUAACAUUGUGGAGUUUUUGUCUAACACUACGGAGGUGGUUCUUCGGAGAGGCGUGUGCACAGGCUGGCUGGCCACCUUGGUUGAAUCAAUUCUUCAGCCGUACACGUGUGCAAACAAUGCAGAUGGCAAGAAAGCCCUGGCUCCCAAGAUAUCCAUCUCUCCUCGAACAACAAACUCUUUCCACUUACCAAGUGACCCUUCAGUCCCCAUCAUAAUGGUGGGUCCAGGAGCGGGCGUGGCCCCCUUCAUUGGUUUCCUGCAACACAGAGAGAAGCUCCAGGAGCGACACCCAGGGGGCCGCUUUGGGGCCACGUGGCUGUUCUUCGGCUGCAGACACAAGGAGAGGGAUUAUUUGUUCAGAGAUGAGCUCAGACACUUCCUUAAGUGUGGAGUGCUCACUCACUUGGAAGUCUCCUUCUCAAGAGAUGCUGCUGUGGGGGAGGAGGAAGGCCCAGCCAAGUAUGUGCAAGACAGCCUCCAGCGUCACAGCAAGGAGGUGGCGGGGGUCCUCCUCCAGGAGAGCGGUUUCAUUUACGUGUGUGGAGAUGCUAAGAAUAUGGCCAAGGAUGUCCACGAUGCCCUUGUGGAAAUAAUAAGCAGAGAGACUGGAGUUGAGAAACUAGAGGCAAUGAAAACAUUGGCCACUUUAAAAGAAGAAAAGCGGUAUCUUCAGGAUAUUUGGUGAUAAACCUGGAAAGUAAAAGAAGAGAAUUAAGCUUUUUUUUUGGCGGAAAGUACCAACAUAAAACUUGACUUGAAGCUUGGGACUUUGAGCGUUUAAAUUUAAAAAAAAAAAAAUUUUUUUUUUCAAUGUUUCUUGGAGGAGAUGGAGUGGGGCGUGGACUGUUUUAACCAUACAGGAAACUUUCAAUUCAGCUUUCCAUACCUCCCCCACUCUGCCGGGCCUGCCGGCAAAAGGAACAGGUCGAGGACGCAAUCACCAGAGCACCUGAGAAAUAAAAGACUAGGAAAGAUGGGGUUGAGAGGGACUGAGUCAGCUUGUGACUGAUUCCGACGACUUUAUUGAGGGGUAACAUACAUAUAUAUACUAACAGGAUUCACCAAAUUUUAGAUCAAAGACUUGCAUACGUGCAGAACUGCAGACACUAGUUUUAGCUCAGGAGUUUUAUCUUAACUCCAGCAGAGCAUGGCACCAGCGUCUUACAAUCAGGUAAAGACUACCUAGACAUAAGCUAUUCACAGGAGCCCGAUAAUCUUAUCAGAGUCAAGAAAAUGGGCAAAUGGUGGCUGCAGCGAUUUCCUUGAGGGAGGUGAGAAAGGCCAAUUUGCACUUUAACAAAUCAAGGGUGGCGGGACAGAGAGGGACCUCUUGAUCUCUCUCAGGGCCGAGAAGGGGCCUGAGCAGUCAGGCCGGCUCCCCGCACCGCUCACCCCUCCCCAAACCACCCUGAACGGAAAGGCGGCCCUGACUCCUCCACCAGCACCUCCCAGGCCACCUCUAUACCCUGGAGAAUUUUUGCAGGGACGUCGACCGGCUCACUGGGCGUCUCUGUCAGUGCGUGUGAAGGCUUCUCAGCACAGGAUGUGAGCUCGGGAGCCAACGUGGUAGGUGGUCAGGUCUUGUGAACUGGUUGCCAGUUUUUUUAAUAAUCUAAAAUUAAUUUAUAUUUUAUAUGAAAUACACCAUAAAGAGUAUUCAUAGGAGUGUAUUAAAAUUACAUAUGUAUAGUAAAUCUGAUUACAUGUUUAUAUAUAAUUUUAUCAGAUGGUUUAUUACCGAAACUAUAUUUCUGAUAAAAAUAUUUUAAGGUAAUGCUUACAGUGAUUCUUUUCAUGAUGCUAGAAAUAUAAACUAUAUUUUGAAAUUCCACCCUGGCAUAUGAUUUACUUAGCAUGGUUAUUUCUUCUUAAUAUCACAGUUCCAGAAUUUAAAGAAAUUUGCAUUCAGAUUAUAGAUCCAUUUCCCAUCUUUUGAUUUCUGCCCCUUUUGGUGUACUUUUAAAUUUUCCCACAUAAUUUAUUGUUAUUUCUGUGAUUGUAACCUGGGCUUAAAAUACCUACUUAAUACCCUUGUAUUUCAUAAAUUCCUACUAUUGUCUGAAUAUUUAUGUCCCCCAGCUUCCACCCUGCCCCCCAGUUCAUAUGUUUGACUCCUCACCUCUGAUAUGAUGGUACUAGGAGCUGGGCCUUUGUGGGGUGACAAGGUCAUGAUGGUGGAGCUCUUAGGAAUGGGAUUGGUGCCCUUGUUUCAAGACGCCCCACAGGGCUCCCUGCUCUUCCUGCCCUGUGAAGACACAGUGUGAAGUUGGCAUCUGCAACCCUGAGGGCUUCACCAGAACCUAACAACACUGGCACCUGGUCUGAACUUCUGGCUUGCAGAACUGUGAAAGAUUUCUGUUGUUUAUAAGCUACCCAGUGAGAUCUUGUUGCAGCAGCUCGAUUGGACUACUGGACUAAGACAAUUCCCACUGACCCAUUCUCUUUUAGUAUUUGUCAGAACAGAAACCAAAGUAUAAAAGGGGCAUCGAAAUUUUUUCUCCUAGUCUCUGGUAUAUAUUGUUUUUUUAAUUAAAGAGAUUCGCAUUUAAAAAAUCUCUACCUGUCAAAGGGUUCUGGUCAUUUUGAAAAAUAAAUAUCUAAAAUAAUAUUGUGUAUAAUCUUAA